UUUCAUCUUUUUAUCCAUUUAUCUCAUAAUCUGCAUCCUUUUCUCAUCUGCAAGUUCCACACUCUUUCUUCACCAACAAGAUCCUAACAAAAUCACAAAUCGCGUAAUCACCUAUGCGAGAGGAAAGGCUCUUCACCUGUGUGAGAGGAAAUCGCGAAAUCACCUAGGGCUCUUGUAUUUGUCGCUGUUUUCCGUGGGUAGCUGUUAAGGUUUCUUUUCGGCAAGUCAUCUCGUCUCAACUGUUCGACGGAAAUCACAAAUUGAAAAGGGCUCAGAGAAGACAAUCUCCUUCUUACAAACUCAGAGAGAGAGAGAUUGGUGAUCACCUCUAGGGGUGGAGUAGGUCGAGGGCGACGGCAGCAGAUGAUUUCCUACCCUUUUAGGUACCGUUAGGCGGAGGGCUGAAGAAGGAGGAAAGACUUAUCGUGGUGGGAGAGGUUCAAUCGGCAGUUUUUGGGGUUCUCUUGGUGAUUUCCGACACCCUCUCUGGUGAUCGAUGACUGGAUGGGCAGGUUUUUCUAAUUGACUCAUUAGAACUAUAACCAUCGAUUUGUAGUUUUGGAUAAGACCAUGUUGAGUCCAGUUAUGUGAGAUCCUGGUCAAGAAAUGACGGUUAAAAAGUGAGAGCAUAUCUCUAACUGGGAAGUUUAUCGAUAAAAUGUCGCUUGGAAAGCCGUUAAAGAAGUUGGCAUCCUGUGUUAUCCUCGAUUUGGAUGGAACCCUUCUUAACACAGAUGCGCUUGUAAGUGAGAUUUUAAAAGGCUUUUUGGUAAAGUAUGGAAAGCAAUGGGACGGGAGAGAAGUUCAUAAAAUAGCAGGAACAACGCCAUUUCAGGCUGCAGCUGCUGUUGUGGAAGAUUAUGAGCUUCCUUGCACUCCAAGUCAAUUUCUUUCAGAAAUUAACCCAUUUUUCUCUGACAAGUGGUCCAACAUCAAAGCACUCCCUGGUGCCAAUCGUUUAAUUAAACAUUUCAGCUGUCAUGGGGUCCCAUUGGCUUUAGCUUCAAACUCUACAAGGUCAAGCAUAGAAAGCAAAAUAUCUUCUCAUCAAGGGUGGAAGGAAUCCUUCUCUGUCAUCAUUGGUGGUGACGAAGUGGCAUCUGGGAAGCCAUCUCCUGAAAUAUUCCUUGAAGCAGCUAAAAGGCUAAAUGUUGAUCCUUCCAGCUGUCUAGUCAUUGAAGAUUCUAUACCAGGUGUUACGGCAGGUAAGGCUGCUGGAAUGGAAGUGGUUGCUGUGCCGUCCAUUCCUAAACAAUCCCAUCUUUACACCUUGGCAGAUGGGGUGAUCAAUUCUCUGCUUGACUUGCAACCUGAAAAUUGGGGCCUGCCUCCAUUUCAAGACUGGAUAGAGGGUACCUUACCAAUAGAACCUUGGUACAUUGGUGGGCCUGUAAUAAAGGGAUAUGGCCGUGGCUCAAAGGUACUAGGAAUUCCUACAGCAAAUCUAUCCACUGAAGGUUAUUCAGCCCUCCUUUCAGAACACCCCUCUGGGGUAUACUUUGGCUGGGCUGGACUAUCAACCAGAGGUGUUUUUAAAAUGGUUAUGAGUAUCGGUUGGAACCCAUACUUUGACAACACGGAAAAGACUAUAGAGCCAUGGUUGCUGCAUGAUUUUGCUGAAGAUUUCUACGGCGAGGAAUUACAUCUCGUUGUCAUUGGUUACAUACGACCUGAGGCCAAUUUUCCAUCCCUCGAGGGCCUGAUAGCUAAGAUUCACGAGGACAGGAGGGUUGCAGAGACAGCUCUUGAUCUUCCACCGUAUUCAGCUUAUAGGGAGGAUCCAUAUUUGAAAAUAUCGGUCAAGAAAGACCGUCAUUUAUAAAUUUCAUAUCGUCAACUUCUUUCAUUGGCCAGGUUGGUAAUGAAGUUGAUUUUUACCCUUCAUUUUAAGGAAAUGAAUGUAACCGUGAUAUUCUUGCUUUCCGAUGAGCUUGUAAGCAAGCUCACCAACACAAAUGGGUCUGAGAUGUCGCAUAUGGUGCGGUGGGAAGACACAAUCAUCCCAAUAUAUUGUUUAUUUCAACUCGAGCAUGAGAAGCAACAAGGGAAAAUAUAUAUUUAACAGGAAGGCUGAACAUUGCCAUUUUCUUUUU